AUAUAGAUACUACAAUUCUACUCGUGCAACCUAAUGCUAUAUGCUUAGACUGUGUGAAUACUUCAACACCGACAUUAAAUGCGCUUCCUGUUCAGCGUCAAAGGGGUUUUUAAUGCCCGGAAUUCCUCUUUCAGGCAAAGGUUAAAGCAUCUUCCUAAAAUCCCUACCAAAUUAAUAACUUAUUACUAUAUGCGCCAUAGUUGGAGUUUUUCCCUGCCUUUUGAAACGAAAGUUGGCCAGUGGUGGUGGUGGUUUUAACCACAGAUAGGGACGGGCUGUCCCACAGUUCGUACCCGGGGUAAAAUUAACCUUCAAAGUUAGCUACUCGUUGUCAUGGUUGCGAGUACUGUGUAAAGGCGUUUGAUUGACGUGUCGCUGACUUGUUUGGUUACAGAAGUUCACGUUAGCGAUUUGAGGUCUUCAUUAUAAUAUUGGGACACAUGUUGUCGUAUUAUUAUUAACCCAAUAUAACAUGUCUGGCACACUUACAAACGAUGAUAAGCUUGGAGCAGUUUUAUUUCAGGUUCAAGAGGAUUUGAGACAACUCAAAUGUACUAUUGAGAGUGUCAAUGAGAGGGGGACAACACUGGACAUUCAAGCCUUGGACACGGCCAUUGGCAAGACAGAGAGAAGCAUCAGGAAGCAUGCAGAUGAUUAUCUGACAAAAGUGACUAAGCAGCUGGUGGUCCUUCCAAGAAUUGUAGACUUGCAAAAGAAGAAACAGAUUCCCAAAUGGAAACCGUCCCUGGAGAGUAUCCAAGAUGUGCGUCCACAAAGGGAAGACAUUCCACCUGGCGAAAAGCACACAUUAGCCAAGUGUUUGUUGAGUAAUUCUGCUCAUCCAAACAACAGAGCUAUUAUGCACCAGCAAUUUGGGAUAUCACUCCCUGAUGUCCACAAGAGGAGGACAAAUACAGCAAAACAUCCCAGAAUAAUCACCAGCCAUGUGGUGAGUCUUCCAGUCACAAAGGGCCGUAAUAACUUGGCAAUGCCUGAAGGAACCACGGGGAAAGUGCCAAAUACAAGUUUGCUUCAAAUGUCAAUCCAGCACAAGGCUGCCUGUCUUCACUCCAGAGAGGAUUCAUGUUCUUCUAAGACAGGUCUGAUAAGCUUGAAGUCCAGGUGUCCCAAGCAGCUGAAGUGGGAAACAGAACCUGGAUCCACCUGCGAAAGAAUAGGCAGGGAAUGCACACCCAGCUGGACCACCAAGACUCCGCCUCCCUCCACAACCUCCAAGAGCACUGGCCACAGGGGUGUGACGCAAGUCACCAACGGUCUUAUCCCUAAAAACCCUCAUGUUCUACCUGUGCAAGUUCCAGUAAAUAUCAGCAAAUAUGACUUUACCAUAUUAAUGGGACGGACCAACCCAAUGGCGACAGAUUUCUGUCACUUCAAGCAGAGCUUUAGCUUGUGCUGGAGCAGUGUGGUAGAUGUUCUGGAAGCCCUGGAAAAGCUGCUCAGGGACUUUGCUGUGCCUCUAGCCAAAGUGAGCGGGGAACGGCUAGUAGAGUUAAGCCAUGUUUGGGAAAAUGGUUGGUUAAAAGCUCCUCCAGUGACCGGCUUCCUCUCAGUGCUUGAAAACUGGGAGGAGGUAUUGGGUCUGGUCUUACGCCCGGGUCAGCGCUUCAAGGGAGAGGGAGGCAUUGAGGCAGCUGCCAUCCACAUCCAGUGUUUCUGGAGGCGCUACUUAGCCCGGACAGCCUACCUGCGCCACUGCCAGCGCAAGUGGGCGGUUGGCACCAUCGCUGUCUCAUGGUUGAUGCACACUCAGAUGCGUCAUGUCGGGAAGGCCCUGCAGGCCCGGCGUUUCAGACAACUGGAGAAUUUCCGCAGCAGAGCGCAGCAUCUGGCAGCCAACUGGAAACACAUCCAGUCCUCCAAGAGGACCAUUAUCCACAUCCCUUCAUUAGGAUACUCUCAGAGCCGGCGUAUGAACUUGAGGAGAUAUGACAUCCUACAGAACAUCCAAAUAAGCAGACUGUGUGAUAUCAGAGAUGAAAAUGUGGAGGUGACCGAAUGUCCACGACAUCUCGGAGAGGACAUUUUGCACUAUUACACCAGCCUCCUGAAUUGUGACUCCUCGGUCAGACGCUUCAUCAUCCUCACACCUGAGGCUAUAGAUUAUUUCCCAACCCAUAACAUGUGCCUAUCCACGCUGCUAAAGUACAGUCCACGCACCCUGAAGCGCAUCAAGCAUCUGAUCCAGGGGAAGCAGGCCUAUAUUGUGGGGGGGGUGGCCCAUGUGGAUGACCUGGCAGUGGCUGAUGACCUAGGAGUGCCCAUCCUGGCUCCAGAACCGGCUAUUGCACAGCUCUACAGCACCAAAUCUGGAGGGAGGAGGAUCUUCACCGAGGCAGAGGUUGACUUACCCCCUGGUCAAGGAGACAUCUACACGCUCAACCAGCUUCACGGAACACUGGCUAGACUCAUGACUCAAAAUAUUCAUGUGCAGCGCUGGCUCUUCAAGAUGGACUCUGAGCAUGGAGGCCGUGGCACCGCAUACUGUGACACAUGCCAUCUUAGCUGCUAUAACUGGGCUCUGCAGGAAUGCCAUCGUUGCGGUCCUGAGCUGCAGAACACAGAAUGGAUUCAGGAGUCUGUGCUGCUUAGAUAUUUAGAUGAAGUACCAGAGUGGCUUGCUCGUUAUGCCCAGCCUGCGAAAACCUCCUGCUAUCCCAACUGGACCUGCUUCCUGAAGACCUUCCUCAGGCAAGGCGGUGUGGUGGAGGCCUACCCCCCUUCAGAAAGUGUCACCUGUCUGACAGUGGAUCUGCUGCUGGAGCCCGGGGGUGAGGUAACCAUGCUGUCCUGUGGAGACCAGCUUCAGGGCUCCUGUCAACUGGAAGCUAUAGGCUCCACUGUUCCUCAGACCUCUGUACAACAAGAGACCUUGAAAUCCAUCUGCAUGCGUGUGGGCCAAGCCUGUCUACAGCGUCUUAUCGUGGGUUAUGUCUCUGUGGACCUGACUACCUUUCUGAACCGCAAAACCAUGGAGCAAAAGGUGUGGGCUAUUGAUCUGGACCUCACGUACAGUGACCAGCUGGCCAUGACCCAGAUGCUCCUGAUGAUGACUGGAGGAACGCUGAAUUGCCGCACAGGCUGUUUAGAAGUACCAAUGCCAAUUCAAGAAAAAUGCUGUGAACAUCCGAUUGCAGCCAAACCUCCUGUGGUUAAUCGUUAUGCAGUUAUUGGAAGCCACUUGUUUCACUCAAACCUUUCCAUGUUGUACCAUAAUGUGUUCUUCAUGGUGUGCAAGGCUCAUGGAAUAGGAUUUAACAUGAAGAGGAAGCAAGGAACAGUUUUUGCUCUUUACGACGGCAGUGACCGCUGCACCGUUGGAAUGAUAACAGUCUCUGAAGAUCUCCGGGGAGCACUGGUGACCUUUGCUCGGAAUCUGUCAGUCAUUCAUCAGGAAAUAUCGCCCUCUAAAAUGCAAGGAGAAACCAAUUUUAAGGAGCUGAUCAAGAACAUAGAAGAUGUACUGCAGAUGACUGUUAAGAACAAAGUGCGAUCUUUGGAGGAUAAACCAGUUGCAUAAGACAGCUGUGAAUAUGGAAACCCUGGAAUUAAAUCAAUGUUGAUCAAACAUUCAGACAGCUGAAUAAAUUCCUGAAAAAAACAUUAUCAGAAUCUGCAUGAACCUUAUAAUAAAUGGUUUUGUAAUGUGUUUUAACGGCUUGAAUGUAGUUAAAUAUUGGAUAAGGAAAGCUUAUAAAGACGUACAGUAAACCAUGCACGAAAUAAUUCCACUGGUUGAUAAGUCGACUUCACUCAUUAAUUCAUUAAGCAUUCAUUCAUACAAAUUAUAUAAAGCUAUUUUAUUUUGUAUUGUAAAUUGCAGAUUAAUGCUUGAACUAGUCUGUCAUCAAAUGAAUAUAGUAUUUAUGCGCUGCACAUUGUUUGCAUGUUGAGUAUUUAUACUCUGGCUGUAUUCUGCGUUCAAGAGGAACAACUGCGCGGCGCUGCGUUUGCAAACCGGAAGCUUUAGCGGGAGCACCAGGUCAGAGCAGCCGCAGUCCAACAGAGAAGCGCUCCUCACAUCUCGCGCAGCUUGUCAAGAUAAAUCGUGUUUGUUCAGCAUGUGAAUCCGGACGUGUCCCUCUGUGUAGAUGUCUUUAGCAGAACUACUUCGUGUGGUUUACAAGCGGGGACUAGCUUCCGGUCACGUUCGUAGCU